AUGCGACCCUUUGACAUUGGAUGCCAAAGAUUUUCCAAACACUCGUCWCAUCAAAGGAGUUUACAAGUUCCUUCAAUUUGGCACAGAUCGACUCAAUUUUUCCGUCGUUCGAGCGCAAAUCAUUACCAUGAUGCCCAGUAUAAGUCUCUUCGUGCUUCUCCUUCUGACGGCUCAAGUUCUCGUCCCGGUAUUUGGCUUUUCCUCGAUCGCCGACAGUCGUCACCACAAGAAUCUUAGCUCUCGAAAGCCCCACGUCGGAUGGACUACUGCAACUACCGCUGCAAAUGCGGUUGGCUCGAAGAGUGUUGCGGAAACUGUCGAUCGAAAUGUUUUUAAGGACUAUGAUGGACCAAUCGUCCUCAUGGGAUGCUCUUCCGACGAGGGAAAAGAAAUACAUCGCUUGGCCGAAUCCUUUUUGUCUCAAUAUUACCCCGACGUAAAUAAAGACGAAGGAAUCAUAAGCGCAUCGCCUUCGUCGGACUUCAACGAUGAAAAMWUUUUAUCUCUAACAUCGAGCGGGAAGGCUGGAAAGCAACCUAAUAUUGUGGUGAUGGACUUUUCGGGACUGCAGGCGGAACGAGAAACCCGAUUCGUCGAAAUGGCGGAAAGCGUUUACGCAGAGAAAGGGCUCCUGUCCGUUUACGUCAAUGUUGACGCAUCCAGUACAUCUACGAUGGCUGAUGACAGCAAGGACAUCAAGAGCCGUUUGGAAGAGGAUGUGUUCGUCAAAUAUUCUGACUACGAGUUGUGUAUCAAGAACGAGGGAACAACGGCACAACAAAAUUGGGAGCACAUUGAAUGGGAGCUCGCAAGGCUUAUAGCACGUGCACGCCUGGCUCCGGCUAUCCCUGGCGCAUCCACACCAUCAACAAACACGGCACACCUAAGUAUGGGCGAGAACACUUUCUUCCUGUCCCUUAGUUUUCCGGAAAUCAACCAGGUGGAACCAUACGUCGAAGAAAUGUGCGUCGACGUUGAUGCCAUGGAAUAUCGAACUGAUCUAUUGUCGUGCAGAGAUUCUCGCUUUGAUUUAAUUUAUGGAAUGCAACUCCUACGGAGRUACUGCCGACCACAUGUAGUACGAUCACCUGCACUGCCAGUGUUUGGACAAGUACUAGAGGACGUCAUGCCAAUUGUCUACACAGUACGAACAGAACAUCAAGCAGGAACUUAUCCGGACGACGAAGACGGCAUUUCGAAAAUGUUUGAUAUUUUAGAAUGGGGAUUGCGGGGUGGAGUGGAGUGUUUGGAUGUUGAAAGCGCAUGGGACAAGGAUAAAACGGAUGCACUUUUGAAUAGAGCAGAGGAAAAGUAUUCAAGUCAAAUUCUUGGCAGCCACCAUGUUGUAGGAACCGAGAUUUCUACGGAAGAGGCUGUUGGCCUUUUCCAGCAAUGUGCCCUGGAUGGUAGAGCUCAUGGUGCAAAGGUAGUGUUGUCGAUUGAAUCACAAGACAAAGACAAAAUGGCACAUCAGGCCGCUCUUUUGUCCGCAUCUCUUUCUGCCCGGGAUGGUAAGCCCGUCAUCCCCAACGUUUCGUUGAUCCUUGGGGAUGUCGGGCAGUUUUCCCGCAUCAUCAACUUGCCUUUCACGCCUGUGACUCAUGAAUCUCUACCRUUCAAGGCUGCCCCAGGUCAGCUAUCGGCUAGCGAGAUUAUGGCGACUAGGGUUAUCACAAAGAUUGUCACUACGAAACGUUAUGCAAUUCUUGGACAUAACAUCGCAUAUUCGGUCAGUCCUCAAAUGCAGGGCGCAGCAUUUGCUGCCGCCAGAUUACCACAUCAGUACGGACGUGCAGAUGUAGAGACCGUUGAAGAGUUUGUUGAAUCUGACUUUUUCAAAGAUGACGCCUUUGGUGGAUGCAGCGUCACCAUUCCGCACAAGCAGUCCAUCAUUCCUUAUGUWGAUGUCAUGAGUGAUGCGGCUUCUACCAUUGGUAGUGUAAAUACAUUGGUUGUGCAAGAGCAACUCGACGACGCGGGAGAUAGCAUGAAACGAGUUAUUUUUGGAGACAACACGGAUUGGAAAGGAAUCUUUAAUCCAUUGGAACGAAAAAUUGGCGUGCGAACGGAAGACGAAGGAUCUGGUGAUUAUGCCUUGAUUAUCGGUGGUGGAGGUACUGCCCGGGCAGCAGCAUAUGCGGCAUCUAAACUAGGCCUCAAGCGUAUCUAUUUCAAUAGAACUCCGUCAAAGGCACAAGAUCUGUCGGACUCUUUCGGUGGAAUCGUUGUCACUAGUCUCGAAAGCAGUUCGGAUGAAGCAAGCGAGGGAAAAAGUCUUGAGGACGUGUUGCCAGAUGGCGCAUCGAUAAAGGUUGUUAUUAGUACUUUGCCAGCUGCCGCUGAGUUUGUCUUGCCAAAAUGGCUAUUGGAAAAGAAACCCGUUGCCUUUGAUGUGAACUACAAACCGUAYCACACGAAAUUGCUGACUCAAUGCGAAGAWGCUGGCCUUCAAGUUGUCAGGGGAUCUGAAAUGCUCUGGGAGCAAGGUGUGGGUCAGUUUGAAGCUUGGACGAAAAGGACAGCUCCCUACGCUGUCAUGAAGAGCGUGGUUUUGCAGAAUUGUAUCCCACAGGAGGAAUAAUCUUUUUAGGUACCGUACGGACCGCAAAAGUUUUGACUUUGCGAGUGCAUUGAAAUAUUGCCAAGGCUUAAUCCAAUCACAUUUUUAUUUUAAGAUUGGUUGCUUUGGGACUUUUCUGAACAGAAAACCAAGGUAUUUAUUAUAGAUGAUAUCAAACGCUAAAUAAAUCUACUUACGAAUC